UUCUGACUCUGAUACGGUCGUCGCGAGGAGAACUACGACGAGUUGAAAACGAGAAGAGGAAAGUGCUGGUUAUUGUACAUUAUAAAUAUGCUGCAAGGAGCUCUCUCCCAUUCCUCAUUCCUUCUUCGUUUGAAUCGUCGGCGUCCGACCAUCUCUGCCUCAGACUCCCUGGGCUUCUGAGGCUUGGAAGGGAUACAGAGAGGGCAUGGCUGGCCGCACCUUGACUCGCGUUCUUAGCUUCAAGGAGAGACUCACUGAUUCCCUUUCUGCUAAUCCGAAUGAACUGAUGGCUGUCUUCACGAGAUAUGUUAACCAGGGAAAGGGGAUGCUGCAAAGACACCAAUUGCUUGCGGAGUUUGAAGCCGCAUUCUCCAAGGAAGAGAGAGAGAAGCUGAAAGGAGGAGGGUUCGAAGAUGUUGUAAGAGCUGCACAGGAAGCCAUAGUCAUACCGCCGCUGGUCGCUAUUGCCAUUCGGCCUAGGCCUGGUGUCUGGGAAUAUGUUCAGGUGAACGUGAGUGACUUGGGUGUGGGCGAGCUCACUGAAUCUGAGUACCUGCAGUUCAAGGAGAAACUUGUGGACGGAGUUUCUGAGGGUGACUUUGUGCUGGAGUUGGAUUUUGAACCCUUCAAUGCUUCUUUCCCCCGUCCGUCACUGUCCAAAUCCAUCGGCAACGGAGUCGAGUUCUUGAACCGGCAUCUGUCUUCCAAGAUGUUUGUUGACAAGGAGAGCAUGUACCCACUGCUUGCUUUUCUGCAGAAGCACAGUUACAAGGGCACGGUGAUGAUGCUGAAUGAAAGAAUACGAAGCCCUAGCGGCCUGCAAUCGGCACUGCGGAAGGCAGAGGAACAUCUGCUGAGCAUCCCUGCAGACACUCCAUACUCCGAGUUCAAUGAUAGAUUUCAAGAGCUUGGUUUUGAGAAGGGGUGGGGUGACACGGCUAAACGUGUACUCGAAACCAUGCACAUGCUUCUUGAUCUUCUCGAGGCCCCUGAUCCGUGCACGCUGGAGAAAUUCCUUGGAACAAUUCCAAUGGUGUUUAACGUCGUCAUCCUAUCCCCGCAUGGAUAUUUUGCACAAGCUAAUGUUUUGGGGUACCCUGACACUGGUGGCCAGGUCGUUUACAUCUUGGAUCAGGUCCGUGCCUUGGAGAAUGAGAUGCUCCUCCGAAUAAAGCAGCAAGGCCUUAACAUCACUCCUCGUAUUCUCAUUGUUACUCGAUUGCUCCCUGAUGCAGUAGGGACUACUUGCAGUCAGCGACUUGAACAGGUCGAAGGAACCGAGCACACGAGCAUUCUGCGAGUGCCUUUCAGAAACAAAAAUGGGAUCCUACGCAGAUGGAUCUCGCGUUUUGAUGUGUGGCCUUACCUAGAGACUUACACCGAUGAUGUCAUAAAAGAACUUGAUAUAGAGCUCCAAUUAACACCAGAUUUGAUUAUUGGAAACUACAGCGAUGGGAAUCUAGUAGCAUCUUUACUCGCGCAUAAACUAGGUGUCACUCAAUGCACAAUUGCCCAUGCUUUGGAGAAGACAAAGUACCCGAAUUCUGAUAUCUACUGGAAGAAGUUCGAGCAGCAGUAUCACUUCUCUUCCCAAUUCACAGCUGAUUUGUUUGCCAUGAACCAUACUGAUUUCAUCAUCACUAGCACCUUCCAAGAGAUUGCUGGAAGUAAGGACACCGUGGGACAGUACGAGUCUCACACUGCAUUUACCCUUCCUGGACUGUACCGUGUGGUGCAUGGAAUCAAUGUGUUCGAUCCAAAGUUUAACAUUGUUUCACCUGGAGCUGAUAUGUCGGUCUACUUCCCUUACUCUGAGACUGAGAAAAGACUUAACCACUUCCACCCUGAGAUCGAGGAGCUGCUUUUUAGUGACGUCGAGAACGAUGAGCACAAGUUCGUGCUGAAGGACAGAAACAAACCCAUCAUCUUCUCCAUGGCAAGAUUGGAUCGCGUGAAAAACUUAACUGGUCUUGUAGAGAUAUACGGCAAGAGCCCGAGGUUGCGCGAACUGGUUAACCUUGUCGUGGUGGCAGGAGAUCAUGGCAAGGAAUCGAAGGAUAUCGAGGAGCUAGCUGAAAGGAAGAAGAUGUUUGAUCUUAUCGAGCAGUACAAGCUCAAUGGUCAGAUAAGGUGGAUCUCGGCCCAGAUGGACCGAUUUCGCAAUGGGGAGCUGUACCGAUACAUUGCCGAUACUAAAGGAGCAUUUGUGCAGCCUGCCUUGUAUGAAGCUUUCGGGCUCACGGUGGUCGAAUCCAUGACCUGCGGUCUGCCUACCUUUGCGACAGCGUACGGAGGCCCUGCAGAAAUCAUUGUUCAUGGAGUAUCUGGCUUCCACAUUGAUCCUUACCAAGGGGAUAAAGCUUCUGAGAUCCUGAUCGAAUUCUUUGAGAAAAGCAAGGACGAUGCCACGCACUGGGAGAAAAUCUCCAGAGGAGGACUGCAGAGGAUCUAUGAGAAGUACACUUGGAAGCUGUACUCCGAGAGGCUGAUGACGUUGACGGGUGUUUAUGGAUUCUGGAAGCAUGUCUCAAACCUGGAGAGGCGUGAGACCCGUCGUUACCUUGAAAUGUUUUAUGCCCUCAAGUAUCGUGCCUUGGCAAGCUCUGUUCCUUUGUCUUUCGACGCUGAGAAGACAGAGAUUAAUGCAGCUCCCGCUGAGUAAUUCUGAAGACAUUUACUGAGUAAUAAGAUUAUAAGCUAGGCCAUGCUCUCUUUAUUGAGAUUUGUUUACUAGCAAUGCGAUCACUCUAUCCAAUUCUGGAACAUUGUUUUUGCUCCUCCCUUUGAGUGCAUUUUUAUCUGUAAUCUUUCCAAUUUGCUUUGACCUUUGCAGCACACUUGAGUGAUGAAACUCAGAAUUUCGGUUUCUAUUUUACUUGUAGAUUUUGUUUCAGAGAGGCAAAUGGAAUCUCUGGGUUGCGUUCCA